CUAAUGUCUAUCAGUGUGUUGGCAGUUUCUGCUUGGAUGAGGGACUACCUAAAUAAUGUUCUGACUUUAACUGCAGAAACAAGGGUAGAGGAGGCUGUCAUCUUGACUUAUUUUCCUGUCGUCCAUCCGGUCAUGAUUGCUGUUUGCUGUUUCCUUAUCAUUGUGGGGAUGUUAGGCUACUGUGGAACAGUGAAAAGAAAUCUGUUGCUUCUUGCAUGGGUAUGGUGUUUACAUCUUCUUUUUAUUAUGGGUGAAAAGACCAACCAGUAUUGUAUUAUUUUUUUCAUCAGUGUACAAGAUUACGUGCUUAGGGAACCGCAGAGGACACUGAAGAUGAUGCAGGCAUUUCUGGAUCCAGAGGCUCGGUUUUCACAACUUGCUUUCUUUGAAGAGUGCAUGAAGCAAAUACGUACAAAUUUGAGCUUCAGCAACAUCUUUGAUGAAGAAAUUAGCUCAGCAAUUACCGGUGUAAAUGAAAUUGAAAGGGAGCCAUCUCAGCCCUCAACACUUUUUGAUAACACUCUUCUCCUGUUAACAGUUAGAAAGAAUUACUCCUGUUUUUCUCCAGUUCCAGGCAGUGGGAAGAAGGAGGGCGUGGGAAGGCGCUCCAACGCGUUCAGCGCUGCACUCAUCAUCUCUGCUCCCAUUCCAUUGACGAGGGCUCCCGUGGCCCUGCUUAGCUGCAAGGGAGGCUGGGAAGUGGGGUCUCUGGGAGGCUGUGUUCCCGCAGACAGCACUGAUUACUGUGAAGAAGUGGAGAACAGACUGGAGCAGGGUUGUGGGAAGAAAAUGUAUUCCUUUUUGAGAGGAACCAAACAACUACAGGUGCUAAGGUUUCUGGGAAUCUCCAUUGGAGUGACACAAAUCUUGGCCAUGAUUCUCACCAUUACUCUGCUCUGGGCCCUCUAUUAUGACAGAAGGGAGCCUGGGACAGACCAAAUGAUGUCCCUGAAGAAUGACACGACUCAGCACCUGUCAUGUCACUCAGUAGAACUGUUGAAACCAAGCCUGUCGAGGAUCUUUGAACACACAUCUAUGGCAAACAGCUUUACUACACACUUUGAAAUGGAGGAAUUAUAGAGAACGUCAAAGAAGGAAACCACAAAUUUAUUUUACUGGACUUGUGAAUUUUUGAGUACAUACUUAUAUGUUUCAGAAAUGUGUAGAAAUAAAAAUGUUGCCAUAAAGGAAUGACUAAGCAUAUAAUUUUCUACCCUUUAAAAUAAAGAGGGAAAAUUUCCAUUUUAUAAGUCACCACCUGGACAAUGGUUGAUGCCCUUUAUAAUGCUGAGGACAGAUCUAAUAUCCACUUUAUAGCCUGUAUAAGAUGGCAUAGUUUGACCAUCAUUUCUGAAGCCAUGUAAACAAGUUAUGCUAUGGUGGAUUUGGAGCUACAGUAAAGUUUGAUUUACUUCCAUAAGCUUGCUAGUAUAUCAAACACCAAUGAACUUCUAACAUAGGAAAUUAGGCAGUAUUAAUGAACUGUGUUGCUUGGUGACAUAUUCUUUUGAGAGUGGGUAGAUUAUACAUAAGAAAACUCUGAAGAUUGGUGACUACCUAAAUGUGAUUUUUUUUUUUUUCUGGUUACUAAAAUAUUACUUACAAGAGCAAAUUAACGCAUUGUCUUAAACUGAUCAGGGAUCUAUGUGUAUAUAAGAGUCUGUGUUAAGUCUGUAUAAUUCAGUAGAUUUCAGUUCUUAUAAUGUUAAGAAUAACAAUCAUGAGUGAAAAGGAUAAAUUUGUCCUGUAUAGCACCAUUAUUUUUAACCUUUCCUGUUAAUAGAGCUUUAAAAUUCCACCUUGGGCUUAUAUUACGUACAUAACUGUUAAUUUAAAUACUUAACCACUAAUUUUGAAAAUUGCCUGUGUGAUGCAUAGGAAUCAUUAUAAUUCAGAAUGUAGCCUCGUCUCUAAGAAGUAUUAACAAGAAAGCUUACACAUAAUGUAGUUCAUUCAGCAAAAUCUUGGAUGCUACCUUUCUCCCAAACUAAGUCUCUUUUUGACACUAACACUUUUUAAAAUGAGCUUACCUUUGUCUUCUCCAAACAAGAGGCAGUAGUCCGCAAGUAUGAAUAUAAUUCUACAGAGAAUAGUGUUCCUUUUCUCCAGCAAAAUGUCAUAAGAAUCAUUAAAAUAAAUGACAAUUUAACUAGA